UAUGUACGGGCUUUUAUUGUGAUACAAGUUCAUGGUAAACGAGCCUGAUGUGGAAACACAAACGUCAAGCGGUGACGUGGUGAGAAUUUGUGUCAGAUUCUGCUACAAUGUAACAUUCUCAAAGUUGUAGUGCGCUUUGCCAGGACAAGAUGAUCUGCAUUUUACUAGUUGCUGGACAUGACACAGUCUUGCAAACGCAGCUAAAGAACGAUGACACAGGUCUCUAUGGCCACUUGACUGGGGUGCCCAAGGCUCUGCUUCCUGGAGUAGGAGGAAAGAAAAUCCUGGACUUCUGGUGGGAGACUGUCAACACGAGGCAACUCUUUACUGAGGUCUAUCUGGUCACCAAUGCAGACAAGUACAAGCACUACGAGCGCUGGGCAACAGCUAAUGAUUUUCCGGUGGAGAACCUGGUGAACGAUGGCAGCACCACUCUGGAGGACCGGCUGGGGGCUGUGGCCGACCUGGAGCUGGCUAUUCGCAGCCGGGGCCUGAAGGAUGACAUCAUGGUGAUUGCUGGAGACAUGCUUUGUGCUGACCAGAACUUUGAUAUCGCACAAGUGGUUCGAUUCUACAAGUCAAAGCCAGGGGACCUGGUCAUCUACUAUGAGUUGGAAGACAGUGAGAAGAGUGACUCCCGUGGCAUUGUGGAGGUGUGCCCAGAAACACACAGAAUCACCUGCUUCCUGGAGAAGCCACCGGAAGGUGUGACAUCAUCACGGCUGGCCAGCGUGGUGUUCUACUGCCUCCAGAGGGAUACACUGCCUUACCUCUCCCAGUUCCUCUCCCAAAGCCCACACACCAGUGACCGCACCAUGGGCAAGUUCUGGGAGUGGUUCAUCAACACACAGAACAUGCCCGUGUUCGGAAUGAAGCUGCCAACCGGGUUCCAGCUUAUUGGACAAGUGGGCCUGUCUGAAUAUGCCAAGUGGCUGGCACACUACUCAGCCAAGCAGCGUGAUCCUCCUGUCAGGCCAAUCACAUAUCGAUCCUUCGCCAGAGUUGGACUGAUGGGAAACCCUUCAGAUGGCUUUCAUGGCAAAACCAUCGCCAUGUCCAUCUCCAACUUUUGGGCUGAGGUCACACUAGUGGAAAGCCAAUCAUUGGUCCUUCUCCCGCAUCCCCUGAAUGACCCCACCGAGUUUGGCAGCCUGCAGGAUCUCUACCACAUCAGCAGGAAAGAAGGGUAUCUUGGAGGUCUAAGACUGCUUCAGGCCACCUGUAAGAAAUUCUAUCAGUUCUGCUCCAAACAAGGGAUUGCCCUACGGAAGCAGAAUUUCACCUUGAAGUACGACACAAACAUUCCUAGGCAGGUGGGCUUGGCAGGAAGCAGUGCCAUUGUGUCUGCAACCUUGAAGUGUCUGAUGAAAUUCUACAACAUCACAGACAAGGACCUUCCUAAACCAGUGAGAGCCAACUUCAUCCUCAACGUUGAAACGGACGAGCUCUUCAUCACAGCUGGUCUUCAGGACCGGGUGGUUCAGGUCUAUGAAGGACUGGUGUACAUGGAUUUCAGCAAGGAGUUGAUGGAUGCAAAAGGAUAUGGGGAGUACAUUCCUAUGGAUAUGGAGGCACUGCCGUCCUUCUGGCUGGCGUACCUGGGAGACCCCAGCGACUCGGGACGAAUACACAGCAAUGUCAGACAACGCUGGCUCAAUGGGGAGCCUGAGGUUAUUGAAGCUAUGAAGUCAUUCGCUGACCUCACUGACCAAGCAAGAUCAGCCUUCCACAGCAAGGACUGGGCCCUGCUAGCACAGCUGAUGGACAAGAACCUGGAGUUGAGAAGGUCCAUAUAUACAGACGAGAGUUUGGGAGCAGGGAAUCUUAAAAUGAUUCAGAUAGCCAGACAGUUUGGCUCUGCGGUGAAGUUCCCGGGUAGUGGAGGGGCUGUGGUCGGCUUGUGUUUGGACCCUCAUCAGAUGGCGGAGAUGAAGAGGGCCUUCCAGGAAGCCGGCUGCGUCUUCUGCCUCAUCAUACCUUACGAUCCCUCGCGUUACUCAUGCUGAAGUUAGGGGACAUCUAUGGCCUAAUGGUUAAAGAGGGGCUUUAGAUCAGAGGGUUGCAAGUUUGAAUCCCACCCUUCCAAUCCCUACCUCACUCCUUGGCUGAAGUGUCCUUGAGCAAGGCACCUAACCCCAUACUGCUCCAGGGACUGUAACCAAUACCCUGCACUUAAAAAUAAAAGUAAAUCGCUUUGGAAUAAAAGAAAUGUCAGCAAAGUGUAAUAUAAUGAAAUCAUGGACUUAAAUGUAUUGUGUAAUUAUUAACAAAACAUUGAGUUUGUGAAAUUAUAUGAAUUUAUACCUGUAUCAGAUAAAACUGUAUUCUUGACAAAAUGCCAGCUAGCUUUUUGCAAACAGUCAUAGAGCCCGGUUACAUGGAGGGUGUAUUCCGUUUCAAACAGAAUGUUGUCAGCGUUUGGUUUAAAACAAGUUCCAGAAUAUUCUGUGUACAUGUGUGGACCUGGAACUGCAUUCUGCAACCGGAAUAUUCCCAGAACAAGGCCACAUUUGGAAUGAAUACAGAGUUUACAUGACUCUUGCACCAACGAAUUAUGUCACUAUUCCGUUAAAAAUCGGCAUAGUGCUCUCAUUGUGAUUAUGCCUUACGUACAUCAUUUGGAUGACCGUAAUCCCGGAAUCCAUAAUGUCCUGGCAAAGAGGAAGCUUUGAGCUUCAAGCUUUGAAUGGGGGUCUCACGGAAUGAUGAGAUGCAAUGCAAUCAGUUGGUCUGAUCUGUAAACACUGUAUGAGCCAUAGGCUAUUUAAAGUACAGUCAUUCAUAUGAACAGUAAAACUAAGAUGCAAUCAUGAAACAGUUUAGGGACCAGCCAGGGGUGAAAUCCCCAGUGGCCCAAGAUAUGUUCAAAUAAAAAAGUAUAUUUUUUCUACAUAGCCUAUUUUCCUUAAGCGUCUCAUGCCCUGCAUUGUGAGUUUAAACAACAUGUACUUCAUUUGCAUUCUUCACUCCCUAUACAGUAGGCAUGGCUGAUGGUGCCUCAAACAUGCAUUUUUAUCGACUGGUGGUAGUAGUCUCUCUGCCGUGAAAACCUUACAGAAACACUACUCUCCCACGUGGGCCUUGAAAUGGUUUUGUAAAAAUCAAAAUACAUUUCAUUUGAUUUUUAUAGUUCAUUGGGCCAGAGGUGGGACCCCAAUAUUUGUGAAAAUACCGAGUGGGCCCCAAAGUUGGAAAAUGUUGGGAACCCCUGACGCCAACCUUUUCUCACUUUGUGGCAGCAGUCCAUGGUGUGAAAAAUGUAGAGCGAAACACCGCAAUAGAGGAAGCGUGCCCUGAAAAUAAACUGGAUUUGAAAACUCACUGGUGAUUCUAAGCACAUGCAUAAUACUAUAUUUAAGAGGCCCGGGAGAGAGAUAGAUCUGUCACCGUUUGAAACGGACGGCCCCGACACAUUGCAUCCUGUCUAUUGAAAUAUCACAUUUCAAACGGUAAUCAUGCCUUCAGCACAGGAAGUGAGGUAUUAAAGUAGGGCUUUACACUGCUGUUGUGUCAGCUAUGUCAGUUUGAAUGGACACAUGCUGCGCUUCUGCACCCAGGCAAUGUGUUGGUGCAGCCAAAAUGUAUAAAUCAUGCUGAAAACAAAAUGUGAAUAAAAUUUGUAUGAAUAAUCG